AUGUCUAAACUAUUGGUUUGUGUUUUCGUACUCUACGUUGUCGCUAUAUGGAGGCUAACUUGUGGCGCGAGCCUAGAGCGGCGGAAACGUUCCGCGGAGGAGGAGAAAGGUAAAAAAAAUUUGUGCAACUGAUGCAUCAUGGUCAUCAUGAAUGCUUUAAAAUUACUAAAAAUCAAAAUAAAUUGAAGAGUAACUCGAGUUUUAUCAUAAAAUUUUCACUCACAAUUCUAAGUGUAACACACUUUAUGCUUUUUCAGCUGAGCCUGUCUCUUGGUGGUCAAGGAACUCUGGGGAGAGAAACAGCUCUAAUGGCGAGGGAACCGGCUUCUUCAACAAGCCGGUAAAUGAGAUGACAGAUGAGGAAUUUUUGUUGUAUCAACUCCUCAAUCCAACUCAAUAUGUCUUGAUGGAUCAGAGAGAUUUGAUUAUUCGAAAACCUGAUGAAGAUUUGGUUAAGGUAAGAUCAAAGGAUCAAGAUCAAAAGACCUGAAAUUUGCACUGAAUAGCUUUGAGGAGUCUGUUUGAAAUCGGAAACAUAUUGGAUAUCUUUAACAAAUUUUGUAGACGAUCACGAUGGAAAAUGAAGGGAGAUGUUCAGAUUAAAGGUUUUUUAACCAAAAUUUUUCAAGUCUGAAAAUUUAAGGUUAAAUUACUGGGUCGGAGAGCGAAAUGUUACAAAAUAUACAGUGAAGUUUCCGUAAAACGAAACCCCUUUAUAACGAGCAACUCUAGAGGCCCCAAGAGUCCUUUUGCGACAAGAAACCUCAGCAAAACAUGCCUUUUUUUAGCACCUUCCGGUCUCUAGUAUGAACUCCAUGUACAAAAUUUCAAGAGAAUGAUCUCUUUUUUUCGUACUUCACAAUUAAUUUUUUUUUCAGGACUACGCCAAUAAAGCCAUCAAGAAGUUCAACGCCUGGUCGCCAGGAAGCGAAGUCCGUCUGGUUCGGGUGAUCAAUGCCACAGGCGAAAAGACUGGCCAAUUGAGGGAAAGAUUGGAAUUGGAAGUGCAGAACAUCCGAACACAAAAGACCGAUUGUAUAUUUGUUGUCGUGUUCUCGGUCAGCCGCAAAUACCUUGAUUUUUACUUCGAGAUGUGCAAAUAUCCAUGGGAGAAUGCGAAACUCGAUUUGAGUUGA